AUGUGAGAAGGCAUCUGUAACCUACUUGCAGUGAGUACACAGAAAGAGCAGCUGUUGCAUGCGAACCUGAUGGUUUGCAGUGCCCACAUACAUAUGUGCAGGACAGAGCUACAGAACCGAAAAGAGGAGACAAUCUCCUACAGACCUGAAGAAUGCUUUCAAAAUGCAUGCAGAGCAAAGGUUGCUAUAUCAGGUCUAUUUGAAUACCUAUUGGUGUGGAAAGGCUCUAAUCACUUUAGCAAUAAGGAAAAAUCACAGUGUUAUGCAGUGUUUUGUUUGUUCAGAAUGGGAGCUGAUGUUUUUGAUACUGAGGUCGCUAUUGUGCAUAAAGCAAUAACAGAUACUCGUUUUGAGAAUGUAAUCAUAUUGAAAGAAGUUCUUCCUCAGAGGGAGAGGAAAUUCCCAGUGUUUCAAUUACCCCUUGUUUUGUCACUGCCCCUCACUGAGAAGUUUGGCCCCAUCUCCUUUACAUUCUCCCUUCAGGUAUUUGUACGGAUUGGAAAAAAAAAUCAAGCUAUGGAUAAGGACACCAAGAAAAGAACUAGCAACGUUUCUGUUAUCAAUCUUGUGGCUGGGGAGGCUGUGACGCAACUUUCUGCUACUGACAGUAAGGAACUUCACAAGUGGAUGGAGGCUUUCUGGCAGCACUUUCAUGAUCUGAGCCAGUGGAAACACUGUUGUGAAGAACUUAGGAAAAUUGAGAUUAUGUCACCAUGGAAACCACCCUUGUUCCUGACACAAGAGAUGACCUCCAACUAUGAUGAUAUGAGCAUCGAUUCUCCAGUGGAACACGAGGGCUUAGCUGACAUCAUUCAAAGAACUCAGAGCGGCAGCAAGUUCCUGCUUGGCCAACAAAAGGCGUCUGCAACUUCCUUACAGGCCUUGCUUUUCCAUGGAUCUCAUGAGAAGGUUGUUCAGAAAAAUGUUUAUCGAGCUGCAAAGGAGGAGGGUGCAAGUCCUAAUGAUGGCCGCGGAAGAAGAGCUUCACCUCCACCACCCGAUAAAUCACCAUACAGUGCACAAACCCAGCUGAAAGAGCCGCUGGGCAAGGAGAACUGGGACAAAUCUGGAGGCACGCGUGGGAGUUCCUUUGAUUUGAGAGACUCAUCGCUGCUCCUCACAAGCUGGCUCCUUGUAGAAAAUGCCAUUUAA